CUCCCUAUAUCUAAUUAUUACUUCCCGCUAAAGAAUCACGCCAACUCUAAACCCAACUAACUCUUGAAAAAAUAAAUUAAAAAAGAAAACCUUGGCAACUAUAAAUAUAGGAAGCAAUAGACGCACAGACUUCAGUUCUUGUUUCAUAGAAGAGUCUCCUCUGCUUCUCUUUCAACGGUUGAGAAAUGGCACGCAAGAAGAUCAGAGAGUACGACUCCAAGAGGUUGUUGAAGGAGCACUUCAAGAGGCUCUCUGGCAAAGAGCUACCGAUCAAAUCGGCGCAAGUGACACAAUCCACUGAUUUCAAUGAGCUGGCGAAGAAGGAAUCUUGGCUUUUGUCGACAAAAUUGGUCGUGAAACCUGAUAUGUUGUUCGGAAAGCGUGGGAAGAGCGGUUUGGUUGCCUUGAAUCUGGAUUUGUCUCAAGUCUCUACUUUCGUCAAUGAACGCCUUGGCAAAGAGGUAGAGAUGGGUGGAUGCAGAGGACCUAUAACGACAUUCAUUGUUGAACCUUUCAUCCCACACAAUGAAGAGUUUUACCUUAACAUCGUCUCAGAGCGACUUGGAAACAGCAUAAGCUUUUCAGAAUGCGGAGGAAUUGAAAUUGAGGAGAACUGGGACAAGGUUAAGACUGUAUUCAUCCCAACAGGAGUGUCUCUUACCUCAGAAUUAUGUGCUCCGCUUGUUGCAACCCUUCCUUUGGAGAUCAAAGUAGAGAUUGAAGAGUUUAUCAAAACAGUUUUUACACUGUUUCAAGACCUGGACUUCACUUUCUUAGAGAUGAAUCCAUUCACAUUGGUCAAUGGAAAACCUUAUCCUUUAGAUAUGAGAGGCGAGUUGGAUGACACUGCUGCUUUCAAGAACUUUAAGAAGUGGGGAAAUAUUGAAUUUCCAAUGCCUUUUGGAAGAGUUAUGAGUCCUACAGAGAGCUUUAUUCAUGGACUAGAUGAAAAGACAAGUGCAUCUUUGAAAUUCACAGUUUUGAACCCAAAGGGACGAAUUUGGACUAUGGUAGCUGGAGGAGGUGCAAGUGUCAUCUAUGCAGAUACGGUUGGAGAUCUUGGCUAUGCUUCUGAGCUUGGAAACUAUGCAGAAUAUAGUGGAGCUCCCAAAGAAGAGGAAGUGUUACAGUAUGCCAGGGUUGUAAUUGAUUGUGCAACUGCUAAUCCCGAUGGCCGGAAGAGAGCCCUUGUCGUUGGAGGAGGAAUAGCUAACUUUACUGAUGUUGCUGCUACAUUUAAUGGUAUAAUUCGCGCCAUGAAGGAGAAGGAAUCAAAACUUAAAGCAGCACGGAUGCACAUAUAUGUGAGGAGAGGAGGUCCUAACUACCAGACUGGCCUUGCAAAAAUGCGGGCACUCGGAGAUCAAAUUGGCAUCCCAAUUGAGGUUUAUGGGCCUGAAGAAACAAUGACUGGAAUAUGCAAACAGGCAAUUCAGUGCAUCACUGCAGCUGCAUGAUCAAAUCUUGAAGAUUUGUGUACGUUGUAUUCUAUUUUCUUUUUUUGUGGCAAGUUUCGGGUGUUUGUUAAAUCUUACUUCCAUUUUCCAUGUACUAGAAAAAUGUAAUUUUAUAUGUUAAUGGGCCAAAAAUAAUGGUGUCCAAGAAUUAGAUGUAAUGCUGAUGGUACUGUUUUACCAUAAUAAAUAGCUCACAUCGAUACA